CAGUAAUGGCGGAGAAGAAGAUUGAAACUGUUAUGCAGGAACCUAUAGAACGUAGCCUGUCCAAGAGUCUGCAGCGUGGAGAAGAUGCUACCUUUGAUCAGUUGCUGCUUGCCUUUGGUUGUGUUGCAGAGCACUGUUUACCUUCACUCCUGCACACACUUUUUGCCUGGUAUGAUCGUCAGGGAGUGGAAUGGGGUUCAACUGACAGCAAAUACAAGCAGGAUCCCAGCAAAAGCAAGGGGGUAGAUGCAGGCUCUAAUGUAGACAGAGAAACCAUACAGGAACGUAGAGAUCUUGCAGUCGAGUUUAUAUUCUGCUUAGUGUUAAUAGAGGUUUUGCGACAGCUGGCGGUGCACCCAGGUCACGAUGAUCUUGUGCGACACAUUGAAGAUAUUGCAUUCAAGCACUUCAAGUACAGAGAAGGAGUUCAAAAUAACCCCAAUGGUGAGAACAUCAAUAUCAUUGCUGAUUUGUAUGCUGAAGUUAUUGGCGUUUUGGCUCAGUCGCGCUUUCAAUCUGUCCGGAGACGUUUCAUGGCAGAAUUAAAAGAGCUGCGGGCAAGAGAGGCAUCGUCGGUUACAACACAAAGCAUCACAUCACUCUUGAUGGGAAUGAAAUUCUUCAGGGUUAAGAUGGUCCCAAUUGAAGAGUUUGAAGCUUCAUUCCAGUUUAUGCAAGAAUGUGCACAAUACUUCCUAGAAGUACGAGACAAGGACAUCAAACAUGCCCUGGCUGGACUCUUCGUAGAAAUUUUAGUUCCAGUUGCUGCAACUGUGAAAAAUGAAGUGAAUGUUCCCUGUCUGAAAUACUUUGUUGAGAUGCUGUACUCAACAACGCUUGAUAUGGCAACAAAAAACAAACACCGCCUUGCCAUAUUUCCCCUCGUGACCUGUUUGCUGUGCGUGUCACAGAAAACAUUUUUCCUUAGCAACUGGCAUUACUUCCUUGCCAUGUGUCUUCAGCACCUUAAAAACCGGGACCCAAAGAUGUCUCGUGUUGCUCUAGAAUCGUUAUAUCGACUGCUGUGGGUGUACAUGAUACGUAUCAAGUGCGAGAGUAACUCUGCCACACAUUCCCGCCUGGCCAGCAUUGUAAAUUCUCUUUUUCCCAAGGGCUCCAAGGCUGUUGUUCCAAGAGAUACCCCACUAAAUAUUUUUGUGAAAAUCAUCCAGUUUAUUGCACAGGAGCGGCUAGACUUUGCCAUGCGGGAGAUUGUAUUUGACUUGCUCUCUGUUGGGCGUCAAAUCAAGAUCAUCAUGACUCCCGAGAGAAUGUCAAUAGGCCUUCGAGCGUUCUUGGUUGUAGCUGACAGUCUGCAGCAGAAGGAGGGUGACCCUCCUAUGCCUCGUACAGUUGGUGUUCUACCCUCUGGCAACACUCUGAGAGUAAAGAAAACAUUUCUGAAUAAGAUGCUAACAGAGGACACUGCAAGAAACAUUGGGAUAUCUGCGUACUAUCCUCUUGUUCGUAAAUCCUUCAACGACAUCCUUAAGGCCCUCGACAGUCAAUUUGGCCGACCUCUCAUGAUGACGAACACACAGAACGUCAACAAAGAACCAGAUGAGAUGAUCACUGGAGAACGCAAGCCCAAGAUAGAUCUGUUUCGAACAUGCGUUGCCGCUGUUCCUAGGCUCAUACCAGAUGGGAUGUCUGGCAGGGAUUUAGUAGACAUGCUUGGACGACUCACUGUUCACAUGGAUGAAGAACUGAGAGCAUUAGCAUUUCAGAGCCUUCAAAAUCUCGUGUUGGACUUCCCUGAAUGGCGUCAUGACGUCGUUUUUGGCUUCAUUCAGUUUAUAGUAAAGGAAGUUGGAGACACAUCACCCCAGCUGCUAGAUAAUGGAGUGAGGAUGCUGCUACAACUGCUGACUGCUUGGAGAAAUGCUCUCACCAAUUCCACCACCACUACCAAUGCUAACAAGCGAGACCCAGGUGUGGGGGACCUCCAUCAUCUUCAUCUUCACCAGAGGGGUGAUCACAGUGAUGUAUUGCGCUUAGCUGAAGGUUUUGCUCUGGUGCUGUUGUGUAGUUGUCGACAAGCUCCACGCAGAGUGGCAGUAGCUAUUAUGAGGGAAGUCAAGCUGUUAGCCAAGGCUUUAAGUGAAGAAGAUCCUAUCAAUCAUCCUGUUAUAGAUGUUAUGGAUAAGUGGUGUGGGAGUGUUGUGGAAGGAGUGUUAUCUCUGUUGCCUCCAGGGGAGAGGUCAGCAGUUGCAGCUACCACAACCAUUGAUCUGCAGUGGCUUGCUGACCGAAGCUCAUCUGUCUGGACUGGAGGAUUUCUAGAAGACAGCAGUGUGAAAAGUGUAAGUGCUCAGCACCUAGUGUGUGAGGAUGUGUGGGCACUUGUGUUGUGUGGCUUUAUACUUCAAGGUCGAGUUCUCACCUCUUGUCCUCAGGCUGUCAAUCAUGCUUGGCCCAUCGUCUACACUAGAGCUAAUUCACUCUACUCGAUUGUCGACCCAACGCCUCCUAAUGACAAUCGAGCAUCAUUACUUCGCAGCGCAACACAAGUUAAGAAGCCGAUCAGUGAGAGAGAUGUUUACAUGAAUCUUUGGAGAAAUUAUGUUGUGCUAGCCUGUCGUGUGGUGCCAGCCAUCACUAAGACUCCAGUCAUCAGAUGUGCUUCUCCGGACAUUAGUUUAGGAUCAUCGCCGGAAAGUGGAGCGACUGGAGAGAAGGGAGGAGAGCGCCCAUACCCUGGCUACUCUGUUUCUCCUCUCUGUUUGUACAAGUUACUUGUGCCCCUCCUACGCUGUGAUAGCUCAGACAUGCGGGAGGCUGUUACACUAGCUCUUGGAAAGAUAAACCAUUUUGCUCUUAGUGACUUGAUGGAAGAACUGUUUCCCUACAUACGUGAAAGUAUCGAUCGUAAGCAGGAGAACAUGCGUCGACGGCGGCGUAGAGACGCUCUUAGGGUCACUUUAGUAAAACUGUUCGAGAUGAUUGCUGAACAAGGCACAUUUGCCCUCAGUGAAAAUGUUAUCGAUGGAGACACGGGAGCCUUGCUGAAGCGAUACUUGGAGUACAUGGAAGGUGCUCGCCUCUACCUCGAGAGCGAGAACGACAAGGAUAACACACUCCUGCAGAUCAAGACACACUUUUGCCAUUUUGUUCGCAAACUCAUUGGAAGCUUCUCAUUGGAACAGAGACUGACGCUCAUUCCAAGAAGUCUUCGAAAAGGCCUCUUUUACCUUUUUGCCUCAUGGAGUGGAGUUUUUGGAGCACCAUUUGGGUAUAAGAGUCCAGAUUCUGGAAAUCGUCAACCGUCUGAAUUUGAACUGUGCGCUCUGCAUGCUUCAAGUGCUGUGCUCUGCUGUGGUCCUUCAUUUGAUCCACAGCUCCUGGCUGAUGAUGGCCACAUAUACCAGUGGCUUGAUGCCCUCCUUGGCUCCCAUGAUGAAAAGAUAAAGACUAAGAUCUAUGGUCUGGCUCAGGAGACGAUAGUGUUGCUGUUGGAGUUCAACCCCGACUCUGGCGCCGUGUUGGACUGGGUGGUGGACCGGUGCUAUACCGCUACUCCGGAGGUAGCUGAUGGUUGUUUCAACGCUCUGGCUACCGUCUUCUCUGCAAGAGAGUACCCGUGUGACCACUACACGGCCAUCAUGAACGUAACACUGCUGCACACGGGUAGUCCCCGGGCGACCAUCCACGAGACAGCACUACAACUGUUGCAGGUGCUCGACAAGCGCUUCUUCGGUGCUGUCACACCUCUUGUCGGAGACGCAGAAGAGCGUCGAGAGUCGUCAACGUUGGACGUGUUGCUGUCAUCUACAUACUCUCGCUCACAGCUCUAUCUCUCCAAGCAGCUAGCUCUGCUCCACCCUGAGCUGACCAUGCCUAUGUUUUCUGGACUAAAGAAUUACUCUGGCAAAACGUUUCCUGGUGGUGGUUUUGAUAAGGGACCUCCCUUGAUACCCGUAGCCUUCUGCGUGUUCUCCAUUCUUAUUAAUAUCCUGAACGGUACCUGGAAAGAAAAGACCAUAGGCAAAUUUAGGCAACUUUAUUCCGAAAGUUUCGCCUACCAGUGGCUUUUCAGUAAAGUCAAAAAGAAAGGCGGGAGCAGUAAAAAAGCAAAGAGAGUGGUUGUGUACGUGGGUCGGGCCCGGCCAGACCGCCUGGUGGAGGAACUUAUGGCCGAGAUGGGAACAGUCGAGACCCUCAACUGCGUCAUAGAGCGGACAGAAACACCUCCGUUUUUCAGACUCACUUCCAUGCGUAAAACGUCCUCACAUGGUGAGGGUGGGUGUGUGGAGGGAAGUGGGGCACCACAAGAGCAGACGCCCUCCGAACGAGGAACAUUACACACAAAACGACAUUCCGGAGAUCAUCACGACCUACCUAGAGAGAGAUACUCUCCUCUAGUUACAAGAGAACAGCGCAGUGCUCCUGGAUCACUGCGCAGUGUGUCCAGUGUUGGGUCUGGGGUCUCGAGUGUCAUUGCUGUGGACAGCUCUGUUGCAGCCUCAACAGCAGCGACCACAGCCAUUAAUGUUAAGUCUCGGCCCAAUUCCUCACUGGCACCCAACUCCUUACCUUCUAAUAUGCAGGAGGAUCUCAACACUAAUAAUGUUGAGUAUGAACUCACCAACACUGCAUUUCACAGAUGCAACUUAGCUGUGAUGUUGAUCUGUGAUGUUAUAGUAGCAGGCAUUGAUGUUGAAUGUCACAGUGUAGACUGGUCCAUCCAUGUUCCUCUUAUGCUACAUAUCAUCACCCUUGGGCUCGACCACUCCAGGCCACUUGUACAUCUACACUGCAAAACCUUGCUGAUUCACCUCUUAACAGUAGUUGCUGACCACCGAGAUCACUUAGGAGUAGCAAGAGUUCUUCUCAACAACAAGACGACUAUGCUUGGCUACGGACUUAUCCCUAAUAAUAUAUUCACACACAACAAGAAUUUCACCGAGGAACCACCAACAGAUCCAGCAUUGCCAAUAGUUGCCGCUCCUCCAGGCUUCGAGAACCCGCCAGAUUCAACUAGUGAAUGUGACAGGGGUGUACCAGUAGGCCUAGCAGAUGAACAUGGAACUAACCCUGUCAUCAUCACUUCGGAUGAUAAUGCGGAUACUGUUUCUGGUUCCUCGGCCACGGGAGCUGACCAUGUACCACAAGAUGAUCUUCAGUACAGCAUUAUGGCUCUCAUAGAUUUUAUAGCUUCUAGCAAGAACCAACCUCUUUGGACUUAUGAAGACAUCACAUCGAAGCAGUUCUCCAUCAGAAGUGCCGAACAACUUGCCAACUUUGUCCGGCAUGUUGUUACAGUGUUUAGUCACUCCUUGCCCCACACCCACAUUGAAGAACGCUGGGCUCAAAUUGCUUUACACCUGGCACUCUCGUGUUCUUCUCGACAUUAUGCUGGACGCUCCUUGCAGGUGUUUCGGUCAUUACAUGUGUCUAUGUCAUCACGCAUGUUGAGUGAUCUUCUUGGGCGCCUUGUGGAGACAGUGGCUGAGCAAGGGGAGGACAUGCAAGGUUAUGUUACCGAACUAAUGCUCACCCUCGAGUCCGCUGUUGAUGCUCUGGACUCAGAUUUCAGGCCCAUAGAAUUUGUUCGUGAACUGUUCAAAUCCACACCAAACUUAAACAACAAAGAACGCAAAGGGCCGCUAGGGUAUGGCAUGAUGGGUCACUUCUACGGGGCUGGAUAUCCAACACCCACAACACCAGUUUCUCCUGGAGGACACAUCCGUUCCACCUCUUACUCCAUAUCUUAUGGCAGAGGCAAACCAAUGGCUUCACCAACAGCAGACAUUAAAGUUCAGCCUGAGAUGCGAGGUAGGAGUGGAACAGAUGUGGACACACGCAUGAGGCAACAGCAACAGCAGCAGCUCCAGCAGUCGAGUAACUUGUCACGGUCACGGUCAGCUCAAUCACUGAAACAGUUAGCUGACCAGAGUUCAGCUGAUGACAAGAUGACGGUUCUCGCACAGUUCUUCUGGAUUGCAGUGUCUAUGUUGGAAUCUGACUAUGAAUAUGAGUUUAUUCUAGCAAUGAGGCUGCUGGACAAGGUGCUAGCACGACUACCCCUUGAUCGACCAGACUGUCGAGACAAGGUUGAGAAGUUACAGCAGCAACUAAAGUGGAAGGAGUUCCCAGGUGUACAUGCUCUCUUACUUAAGGGAUGUACAAGUGCAACCACCUAUGAACCAACAAUUACUCUUCUCUCUAGAUUUACACAGCUCACUGAUCUAAUAGUUGUCGACCCCAGUCAGAGCAGGGCGUUUGCCAUCAAUGUGAUCGCUUUGCUUCCUUACAUGUUGCAAAACUAUGAAGAUGCAAAUACACUCUGUAUACAGGCAGCAGAAAAUAUUGCACAGGUUUGUAAUGAGAAGGGCAAAGAGCUGGAAAACCUGGCUACGGUUAUGACCCUGUACAGUCGCCGCAACUUCAGUAAGGAGAGCUUUCAGUGGACUAAGUGCGUUGUCAAAUACCUCCACGACUCGUACGCAAACCUCUCGUUAAGUCUCAUGGCAUUUUUAGUUGAGGUAUUGGAGAAGGGUCCUACAAGUGUGCAGAAUCCAAUAUUGAAUAUCCUCCACUGCAUGCUUCAUUAUAUAGACAUGAAUACUGCUGUUGCUCAGCUGGUCAAUGGAGAUUUGUUGAGGGUUAUUGCUAAAUAUAUCGAGGGUUCACACUGGAAAGAAGCUCUUAGGAUUUUAAAAAUGGCUGUGACUCGUUCAUCAUCGCUGGUGGUGCCUCCGGCUUCAUCUCACACACAUUACUGGGAUCAUCAUGUCUUUGCUGACAUUGAGUCGCACUUCAAAAAGGAAUUACCAGGACGCACAAUGGAAUUUACUUUUGAUGUGAACCAGACACCUAUAAUUGGUCGCCGGUACCUAAAGGGCUCAGGAAUUAUAGUGGUCCCUGGCCAAGCAAGCACUGGCUCAUCAACUGUCAGUUCUGCUACCGGUGAAAGUCUACAGGAACAAGAACAGGACCGAGUGAGCAGCGACACAAAUGGUUCAUUGGGAAUUGACAGAGAGGAGACAGCCUCAGCACGUAGAAGUCUGUCACUCUCCACCGCUGACACCAGUCACCUUGCUGGCUGGAAGCGGCCCUGGUUGUCUCAGGCCCGUGCACGAGAGUGUUUGGUAAAUCUCCUUAACACCUGUGGUCAGAGAGUGGGGCUACCAAAGUCUCCUUCGGCUGUAUGGGUAUCUGUACUAACUCAGCAUGAGACUCAUAAACAGGAUGGCAACAUCAACAAGGUUAUAUUCAGCCAAAGUUCUGAGCUGGAGAGGCAGUCGUCCAUGGCGUCGUCCACAGAGGAGGUCUCUGCCGCUCCUUGUGACCCAACCAACGACAGAACCGCAGAUGACAUGACCUCCUCGGAGAAACAGUUUGCCGUAUUUAAGGACUUUGACUUCUUAGAAUACGAAUUGGAAAGUCAAGGGGAGGAAAGCGUAGACAACUUCAAUUUAUGGGGUGUUCGUCGACGAUCCCCAAGUAACCUUGGAGACGUGGACCCUUCUAGUCAUGUGGAUGAUAUACACACCUCUGAGAUCACUGCUGCUCAUGGUAAAAAACCCACUCCCCCUGCUGACCAUGAGUGGUGGGAGGAAGAGGGCUCGGUGUCCCCUGUGGAUGACCCCACUCUGGGUGCCAGUGAGCGCUCAGCAGUGUCCCACACCCGCCACCCCCAGCCUGCCACUACUGGCACCACUAUGCCACCCAAGCUCACCCUUGACACCACAGCUGCACGUAGACCUGCGUCACCCACAUCCAUGUCAGACCACAGUGAAAGCAGUGAUGGUGACCUUGGGGAUAUGACCCCAUGUAAUGCAUCGCCAAGCAUUACUGCCAUGUUGUUUCGCCCUAUACGACAGCCUAAUGAUCUGGAAGAUACAUGGCGUGCGCACCUUUUGUCGCUGAUGGCUGCUGAUGCGCCCAUUUUGCAUCCCACUAGAACGUGUACACUCUUCAACACUGUGUUCUCUGAGAGCGUUGCCAAGUUCAUGGAGGUGGUGAGUGAGGGCAGCCAGUACCUGAGUGAGGGUGGAGAAAUGUUGCACAUCUACACUGCCUUUCUUCAGAAUUUGGAGCAGGGUGUGGGAGGCCUGGCACCCCUGGCAUAUGUGUACAUGGAUGCAGCGCUGUUGUCGGUCACGCAGUUAACUCAGAGAUUCCGUUCAACCUUCAUAGCUCUACACGAACAUCUUGACACAUACCUGGAUAAAAGAGAAAGUGCCAAUGUGUGCCUAGAUGGAAUCAAGUCAACAUUAAAGCUUCAGAACCUAGGUGACAGCCUGCCUGAACUGUGUGCAGAUGAGCAACACAUUGAUUUGUGUCGCUGCCUUUACAAGUUGCACUUUCAGCUUUCCUUGCUAUAUGAUACCUAUACCAAACUCUUAGUGGCCAUGAUUCAUGCUGCUAGGACUGCACAGGCAAGUGAUCAUAGUGUUGAGCUGAGCACACUACAAGGGAAACUUAUAGCUGCUGCUGACCAGCUCGACCUGACUCCUCCAACAACACCAACACAGAGCUCACAGUCUCUGCCACCUGAACGAGAACUACCAGAGGGAGAAGAGGGAGAGUGUGAGAGUGUAGGUGGAGAAGAGAGUGAAGGAGGUAGUGCAUGCGAGAGCAGCAUAAGUCGUACUGAAGGAGGGUCUCCGGUGAGCUCCUCUUCACUUGGCUCUCAGUCGUUAGAGCUUCCAGUGACACAACCCACCUCACAACCUGAAGCUGAGCUCCAGUUGCUGCAGCUUGUAGCAGACCAGCGAUGGGUGGGAGCACUGCAGUUCGUUCGCCAGCAUCGUGCACUCUGGCACCACGAAGCGACCCCCACCUAUCCCCAUGAUGACAUAACAGUCAUCCUGAACACCUAUUGUGCAUAUCUUGCAGACAAGAAACCUGGUAUGAUUGCCGUGUGUGGGACAGAAGCUGAGUUAGGAGAAACAAGUUUCCGUCUGACAGAAGCUAACAUGGCUGCACUCUCAGCUCUGAGAUCAAUAGAGCAGACACCUAAGCCAACCAGGGAUUCCCUGGACUCGGUUAUUCGUAAAACAGAAUGCUAGACCUCAUGCUACCCAUACUUAAAUAUCUAAUUCCAAGUAAAGGUCUCUCUUGCCAUACAUAACAGAUGUGUUCCUGGCCCAUGGUGCAUAAAGUAAACUCGGUAUAACAUGCGAUUUAUCCUAAGACUUUGCAAGCUUCACAUUUCUCACUAAAGUUUACCAAAACAAUAUGACCUUACCCUGGUAACAGACUGGGCCACAGGGGCAUUGACCCCCAAAACCCCUUUGAGGUAUACCACACAGGCACCAAAUGGUCAUAGACAGAAAAGAAAUCAGUUUGGUGAAAAAGCAAAUAAGAAGAAAUAAAUCUCUCUUUAUAAUACAGAAUCAAGAAAAGAAUUUACACAUUUUUAUUUUUUUCCUUAUUUUUCCCAAAAUAUUAUGAACAUAUCAGAUAGUCAAUUAAUAGUUAUAUUCCAAAAAUUAAUGCCUUUGGUAAAAAAGAAACGAAAAUUUUAAUCCAAGGUGCAUUCAUAAUUUUCCUUUUACCCUCCCUCAUCCCUCCACCACCAUUCAACCAGCCUCUCUCUGUCCAGACUGAAGUGCAUGUUAUCAACCAGUGAAUACAAAUCUCCCUAAUAUUCUUUUCUCCCUCCCUCCUUCCCUCUACCCCUGGUCCCAACUUUGUGACAAGUGUAACCUAACUUUGUGUCAAGUGUAACCCAACUUUGUGUUGGUGCAACCCAACUUGGUUCGGCCGGGUGUCUAUUUUAUUUUCAACUUGGCGCAAGACAUUAAAUUGAAAACCAACCACAGGAUUUUGUUCAAGAUAUGUUCAUUGAAUUUCCCAUGCCGAAAUCUUUUUUCUAGUCAUCCUUUCUUAUGAAUGUCAAUAUAAACCAGUUUAGGGUGAUAUGUGAAGAGAGAGUGGUAAAAAAUAAUUGGUGCUGGGCUUGGGUGACUGAUUGCACUUGAGCGACUUUAUACCAUAUAUAGCUAAUUACCUCCAAAAAUUGAGUCACUGCAUAAAAUGAGGGAAAAAAUGUGUGUGUGUUUACCAUAAAGUAAAUAUUAAUCAUUGUGAUUAUUGUAAAACCUGCAUGUUCAAAGUGUUCUCUCCCGUGGCAUAAUGUGUAUUCUUUAGAAACAUUAAAAUCUCUCGACUUAACCAGUAAGCCGGAAAUAAGUAUAAAUGUCUGUAUUGUGUGUUAAAUUAAACCCAAAACGAAACUCAGCAAACGUAACAUUAACAGUUGCAUCACAGUUGUUUAGAUGUGCUAUUUAUGGUAUAGUAUAUAAUUGAUUGAAUGAUAUACCGUAGAAUCUCACUAUAAUUUAUCAAAGCUUUCAUGUGCUUAUUGUGUCAUUUGUGGUCCUAAUGUAUUUUUUACUGCAUUUAUUUUGUAUCAGUGGCCAUAAUAAUUUUGUGGUGGAAAUAUAUUGAGUUCCUUUUUCAUUAUGUUUUUCCUACUUAAAAUAAAAAUAAAUAAGAUACUUGUGAUCUGUAUCUUGUAUAUGUUUUAAAAUACAUAACAGUAAAGCUUUUCUAUAAAUAAAACAUGUUGAUGAUAUAUUUUAUUUUCAGACUUUUUUUUUAUAUAAUUUUUAUAGACAGUUAAACUGUCGCUUCUUUUAAGUAAAGUCUGUACCACUU